CCACAAUUUACCCGGCUUUUAAUCCGGGCCUCUCAAUCUGGCUGACAGCUAGACAAACUUUCAACUUUCAGACAGAGAACACGGAAGCCGAAUGGGGUCUUGCACUUGCAAUCCUUUCGCUCUCACUUCACAUCCUUACAUCAGUUGCUUCAAAAGUCCCAAGCUUUCUCAUUCGAUAAGAAGGUUGAGCGGGUCACAAAGAGCUUCCAAAGUCACCGCUUACUAUGGUUUAAAGGAACCACCUUAUAAGCUCGAUGCGUUGGAACCAUAUAUGAGUAAGAGGACGCUGGAAAAGCAUUGGGGAGAGCAUCAUCGUGGUUAUGUGGAUGGUUUGAAUAAACAUCUUGAGAAAGAUGAUAUACUGUACGGCUACACUCUGGAUGAGCUUGUUAAAGUAACUUAUAACAAUGGAAACCCUCUACCCGAGUUCAAUAAUGCUGCCCAGUUAUUCAAUAAAACUGGUCUCCUGUUUGAUAAUGUGGUUUGGAAUCAUGACUUCUUUUGGGAGUCCAUGCAGCCUGGAGGGGGCAACAUGCCCAAAUAUGGAGUACUUGAUCAGAUUGAAAAAGAUUUUGGUUCCUUUGCAAAUUUCAAAGAAAAGUUCAUAGAAUCUGCUCUUUCACUAUUUGGCUCUGGAUGGGUUUGGCUGGUUGUGAAAAGAAAGGAGAGACGACUUGAAAUAGUUAAAACAUCAAAUGCCAUUAAUCCACUAGUGUGGGAUGACAUUCCCAUCAUCAGUCUAGACAUGUGGGAGCAUGCUUAUUAUCUUGAUUACAAGAAUGACAGAGCCAAGUAUGUAAAUGUGUUUAUGAACCACCUUGUAUCUUGGAAUGCAGCAAUGUCACGUAUGGGCCGUGCAGAGGCGUUUGUGAAUUUUGGUGAACCCAAAAUCCCAGUUGCUUGAAUGUUGCAACACCGAGAAGCUGCCGGUGGUUCUUACCACCAAGAGUUCUGAGUUCUGCUUGAGAGAGGACAAAAGAUUGUAGUGCUUCAAAUUUUGUGUAAAUUUGUAAUCCAGUUCAAUGCUAAGAAUAUAAGGCUAGCUUUAGGAAUGUUGCUUUUUCCAAAACCAAGGUCUUUUGUAACUUAUUCCAUUAUCUUGUUGAAGCUUCAAUAAAUUAGCCAGCCAAAACCUGGGAUACUAAGGAA